UGACUAAUAAUUAUACAUGAAACAAUACUGGCAAGGCUGAUUUUGCAUCAUAUUUCUUGGAUGAAAUUGAAACAUUUAUUUUCUGUGAAGUGGGUAUAUUCCCUACAAGUCUGCUUACAUGUGUAGAUCAUUGCGUUACUGUGUUAGCCAUUGUCUGUAUGCAGCAAUGACAAGACUGGAAGAAGCGAAUCGAGAAGUGAACAUGCAUUCCUCUGUCCGCUACCUGGGCUAUUUAGCCAGAAUGAAUUUGUUGGCUGCAAUAUGUAUGGGUCUUUAUGUCAGAUGGGAAAAAACUGCAGAUGCACUGAUACUCAUAAUUUUUAUCCUGGGACUAUUUGUUCUUGGAAUUGCAAGUAUACUUUAUUACUAUUUUUCAAUGGAAGCAGCAAGUUUAAGUCUCUCUAAUCUUUGGUUUGGAUUUUUACUUGGCCUUCUUUGCUUCCUAGAUAAUAAUUCUUUUAAAAAUGAUGUGAAGGAAGAAGCAACAAAAUAUUUACUUCUUUCCUCCAUAAUUAUAAGAAUAUUGUAUGCUUUGGUGCAGAGAAUAUGUGGCUGUGUUCAUCAUCGACCCACUUUACUAACAACAGUCGAAGUACUUGAGCUGGUUGGAUUUGCAAUUGCCAGUACAACUAUGCUGGUGGAAAAAUCCAUGAGUAUUAUUCUGUUGAUUGUGGCUUUAGCAAUGCUGAUUAUUGAUUUGAGGAUGAAAUCAUUCCUGGCAAUUCCAAAUUUAGUAAUUUUUGGAGUCCUUGCCUCUUUGUUAUUUUUUCCAUCCUUGCACAUACCAACAAAUCCAUUUGCCUUGGGAUGUUUUUUUAGUUGCUUAAUAGCUGAUCCCCUUCUUGAUGUUUACUUCAGUGGACUUUCAGUUACAGAACGUUGGAAACCUUAUUUGUAUCGUGGUCGGGUUUGCCGAAGAUUUUCCGUCGUUUUUGUUGGACUUAUUGAACUGAUUUAUUUCAUCCUCUCGGCACUUAAGCUAGGUGAUUUGGAUCUCUGGUAUUUUGUAAUACCAGGUUUUUCCAUUUUUGGCAUUUUCUGGAUGAUCUGUCACAUCAUUUUUCUUAUAACUCUCUGGGGAUUUCAUACAAAACUUAAUGACUGUCACAAAAUAUAUUACACACACAGGGCAGAGAACAACAGCCUUGACAGAGUAAUGGCAUCUAAAGGAAUGCGCCAUUUUUGUUUAAUUUCAGAACAACUUGUCUUUUUCAGCCUUCUUGCAACAGCAAUUUUGGGUGCAGUAUGCUGGCAGAAAUCCAGUGGAAUCUUCAUGAGUGUUUUUUUGAUUGUCUUGCCCCUUGAAUCUAUGGCUCAUGGGUUAUUUCAUGAACUGGGAAACUGUUUGGGAGGCACAUGUGUUGGCUAUGCAAUUGUGAUCCCUACCAAUUUUUGCAGUCCUGAUGGCCAACCAACAUUGCUUCCACCUGAACAUGUGCAAGAGCUAAAUUUGAGGUCAACAGGCAUGCUUAAUGCUAUCCAAAGGUUCUUUGCAUAUCAUAUGAUUGAGACGUAUGGCUGUGAUUAUUCCACAAGUGGACUUUCAUUUGACACAUUACAUUCUAAACUAAAGUCUUUUCUUGAACUUCGGACAUCAGAUGGACCUAGGCAUGAUACCUAUAUAUUAUACUACAGUGGUCAUUCUCACAGCUCUGGGGAAUGGGCACUUGCAGGUGGUGAUUCAUUACAGCUUGACACGCUCUUAGAGUGGUGGAGAGAGAAGAAUGGCUCCUUUUGUUCGCGGCUCAUUAUAGUGUUAGACUCUGAGAACGCUCAGCCUUGGGUUAAAGAAGUAAGAAAAAUCAGUGACAUGUAUAUUGCAGUGCAAGGAGCAGAACUGGCUAAAGUAGUAGACAUAGAAGAAUCAGACCCUCCACACCUUGGUGAUUUCACUAGAGAAUGGGUUGAAUACAACUGUAACUCCGAUCACAGUAUCAGCUGGAUUGAAAAGGGGCGUACUGUGAAAGCUGUGUAUGGCGUGUCCAAAGGGUGGAGUGACUACACUUUACAUUUGCCAACUGAAAAUGAUGUUGCCAAACACUGGAUGAUGUAUUUUCCCCGCAUCACUUACCCAUUGGUUCAUCUUGCAAACUGGUUCUGUGGGCUUAAUCUCUUCUGGAUUUGCAAAACGUGUUUUAGGUGCUUAAAACGAUUAAAAAUGAGUUGGUUUCUUCCCACAGUAUUGGAUACAGGACAAGGCUUCAAACUCAUCAGAUCUUAAUUAAGAACCAGAAGUGAGAGCUCUUACAACUUGAAACAGGACUGACUUGUAACUUUUUUAUUUGUUACAUUUUGCUUUUUGAAGAAAUGUUGCUCCUUUUGUAGCGAUAUUCCUUUUUGUAUUUUCUUGAGCAAAUACAAGAUUUUGGAAGAGUAAGAAACUCAGUUAGAAAACAAAGACAGCGUAGAUGUUAAAUGAAAUUUGUUACCAAAUUGGAUUUGAAUUCCAUAAAACCCAUUAAAUAUGACCAUGGACUUCA